AUGGAAAUGUCCCCGUUUCUGUUGACAUGCAUUCUUCUGCCCCUCGUAAGAGGGCACAGCCUUUUCACCUGUGAGCCAAUCACUGUUCCCAGAUGUAUGAAAAUGGCCUACAACAUGACGUUUUUCCCUAACCUGAUGGGUCAUUAUGACCAGGGAAUCGCUGCUGUGGAAAUGAAGCGCUUUCUGCCUCUUGCAAAUCUGGAAUGUUCACCAAACAUUGAGAUGUUCCUUUGCCAAGCUUUUGUACCAACCUGCACAGAGCAAAUUCAUGUGGUUCCACCUUGUCGGAAAUUGUGUGAGAAAAUAUAUUCUGAUUGCAACAAAUCAAUGGACACUUUUGAGAUCCGAUGGCCCGAGGAACUUGAAUGUAAUAGAUUGCCAUACUGUGAUGACACUGUUCCUGUAACUUCUGAUCCACACACAGAGCUCUUUGGUCCACAGAAGAAAACAGAUCAAGUCCCAAGAGACAUUGGAUUUUGGUGUCCAAAGCACCUUAGGACUUCCGGGGACCAAGGCUAUAGGUUUCUGGGAAUUGACCAGUGUGCCCCUCCAUGCCCCAACAUGUAUUUUAAAAGUGAUGAACUAGAUUUUGCCAAAAGUUUCAUAGGAAUAGUUUCAAUAUUUUGUCUUUGUGCAACUCUGUUCACAUUCCUUACUUUUUUAAUUGAUGUUAGAAGAUUCAGAUACCCAGAGAGACCGAUUAUAUAUUACUCUGUCUGUUACAGCAUUGUGUCUCUCAUGUACUUUGUGGGGUUUUUGCUGGGCAAUAGCACAGCAUGUAACAAGGCAGACGAGAAGCUGGAGCUCGGGGACACAGUCGUUCUAGGGUCGAGGAAUAAGGCCUGCAGCGUGGUAUUUAUGUUUCUGUAUUUUUUCACAAUGGCUGGCACCGUGUGGUGGGUAAUUCUCACCAUUACGUGGUUCUUAGCUGCCGGAAGAAAAUGGAGUUGCGAAGCUAUUGAACAAAAGGCAGUGUGGUUCCAUGCGGUUGCCUGGGGGAUGCCUGGGUUCCUGACGGUCAUGCUGCUCGCUAUGAACAAGGUUGAAGGAGACAACAUCAGCGGCGUUUGCUUCGUCGGCCUCUAUGACCUGGAUGCCUCUCGCUACUUCGUCCUCCUGCCUCUGAGCCUCUGCGUGUUUGUUGGGCUGUCCCUCCUCUUAGCCGGCAUCAUCUCCUUAAACCAUGUUCGACAAGUCAUACAGCACGAUGGCCGGAACCAAGAGAAGCUAAAGAAAUUCAUGAUUCGAAUUGGAGUCUUCAGUGGCCUGUAUCUUGUGCCCUUAGUGACACUUCUUGGUUGCUAUGUCUAUGAGCUAGUGAACAGGAUCACCUGGGAGAUAACGUGGUUCUCUGAUCAUUGUCACCAGUACCGCAUCCCGUGUCCUUAUCAGGCAAACCCUAAAGCUCGACCAGAAUUGGCUUUAUUUAUGAUAAAAUAUCUGAUGACAUUAAUUGUUGGUAUCUCUGCGGUCUUCUGGGUUGGAAGCAAAAAGACGUGCGCAGAAUGGGCCGGGUUCUUUAAGCGAAACCGCAAGCGAGACCCCAUCAGUGAGAGCCGAAGAGUGCUGCAAGAGUCCUGUGAGUUCUUCCUGAAGCACAAUUCUAAAGUGAAACACAAGAAGAAGCAUUGCAAGGCAGGUUCUCAUAAGCUGAAGGUCAUUUCCAAGUCCAUGGGAACUAGCACAGGGGCUACCACAAAUCACGGCACCUCUGCCGUAGCCAUCGCCGACCAUGAUUACUUAGGGCAAGAAACUUCAACAGAAGUCCAGACCUCCCCAGAAGCAUCGGUGAAAGAGGGGAGAGUAGACCGAGCAAACACACCCAGAGCCAAAGAUCGGGACUGUGGGGAACCUGCUCCCGCAGUGGCAUCCAGCUCCAAGCUCUCUGGGGAACAGAGUGACAGGAAGAGCCGAGCAGGCAGCGUGAAGGAAAAAAGCAGUGUGUCGGAAGAGGCUCCAAGUGAAGGAAGGGUAAGUCCAAAGAGCGGCGUUCCUGAGACUGGCCUGAUGGACGGCAGCAACUUACAGGUCUCCAGUUCUCCAGAACCAAACAGCCUCAAAGGUUCCACAUCUCUGCUUGUUCACUCCAGAGCUAGGAAAGAGCAGGGUGCUGGCAGCCAUUCAGAAGCUUGAAGAAAACGGUCUCAUUAUCCUUGAAGCAAAUUAAUAUUACACUGGAGAUGACCAAUGUAUUUGUCUUAAAAAAAGAACACUGUUGA